AUGGCACACAAUUCGUCUGGAGGGCUGUCAUUGACCCAUCGUGCAAUUGCACUGGCCUCGUUCGCUGUGACUGUGUACUUGAACAUCAAGUAUGUAGCUGGUAACCGCCAUCGUCUUGAUAAUCAUCACACUUUCCACACGGACCACACUGCAUUUACUGCCAAUGUGUUUUUCAUUCUUGUGUACUGGAUCCUGCUGCAUUUGUUGCAAGCUGGUUUCUUGGUUCUUCAAUAUGGAGAAGGCAGCAGAUCGCUUGUACAAACUGCUGUUGAUUCUGCCAACCCUGCCUCGGCCACUCUGUCUACUGCAGCAUUGACCGACAUUGGCUGGCAUUUCACUCUGUUCAACAUUCUCCAUUCGGUAUGGUUGUAUCUGUUUGCUCGUGGUCAUUAUAUCACCAGUGAAAUUAUUAUUUUCAUCAACUUUUUCAACCUGCUUGUUUUGUAUGUCAGCCACAAACCAUAUGCCAUUCGUCCUCUUGGACUGUGGGCCAAAGUCCAUUUUCCCGCAGUGGCCAUGCCCAUCUCGUGGGUAUUUUAUGCCAUUUUCUGGAACGGAGCUGCUGCUUUCCAUGCUGAAGGAUUCGUUGCCCGUAUUGUUGCCAACGUCUUGAUCUGGGAUUUCCUUUUGGUUCCCGGAUUGUUCUUGAUCCUGUUCAACGACUGGGCUGUGGGAUUCUCUUCAUCGUACCUCGUCUGGGCCCUGGGUGUCGGCCAAUUCUUCACUAAGGUCGUUGCCUUGCAAUGGAUCUUUGCCUUUGUCAUUGCAUCUCUGCUCUUCAUCGGUAGUCUCCUUGUCGCCGUCAGCCCCAACUCCUCGCCCUUCGUUCGCGACACCGAGGCCCAAACCGCACCUGCCUCUGCCUCGGACGAGCGUGCUCCUCUUCUCAACUGA